ACCCACGACGCUCUCCUAGUUGAAGCAGAAGACCCACCCAAACAAACUCCAAAUUCGAAGCCCGAAGCUUCUCUUCUCUAGCUAAUCAUCUCCCCAAACGCCGUGAAGUCAUGGCAGACACGAACGUACAAGUUAAAGAAGCAGUGGUGGUGACUCCAUCGGAGCCAACCCCAACCCACGUCCUCUCCCUCUCCGCUCUCGACUCUCAGCUCUUCCUCCGCUUCACCAUCGAGUACCUCCUUGUCUACCGCUCUCGCUCCGGCACUGACCGGUCUGCAACUAAAGCUCGUCUCAAAGCUGCACUCUCCCAGGCACUCGUCCCUUACUACCCUCUCGCCGGUCGAGUCAGGGCGGCUAGACCAGACGGUUCGAACUUAGAGGUCGUAUGUCGUGCCCAAGGUGCGGUUUUCAUUGAGGCCAUCUCUGAUAUCCCAGCAGCCCAGUUGGAACUUGCCCCCCGUUACUCUACCCAGUGGCGAAACCUACUGUCCUUCCACGUGGCAGAUGUUCUUCGAGGGGCCCCACCUCUUGUUGUCCAGCUGACUUGGCUUCCCGAGGGUGCAGCUGCCGUUGCCGUAGGCUUCAGUCAUUGUAUCUGUGACGGAAUCGGUAGCGCAGAGUUCCUCAAUGCAUUCGCUGAGUUAGCAACCGGUCGACGGGGCAUUUCUGAUUUGAAACCCAAACCGGUAUGGAAUCGCCACCUUCUCGACCCUCUUAUUCGUACAAACCACCAGCGAUCUCCCGCAACCUGCCACCCCGAGUUCAACCCAGUCCAAGAUGUAUCCGGCUUUGUCCACCGGUUCUCUCGAGAACCACUCACUCCAACAUCCUUCACCUUCGACCGAAGAGUUCUAACACAACUCAAGAAGCUCGCAUCGUCAACGACCCGACCCAGCGAGUUGGAGCAAUCGUAUACGUCGUUCGAGGUGCUAACGGCGCACGUGUGGAGAUGCUGGGCUAGAGCUUUGCAAUUGCCGGCGACACAAACGUUGAGGCUUCUCUUCAGCGUCAACAUUCGGAGCAGAGUGAAGCCCAAUUUACCCGAUGGAUACUAUGGAAACGGGCUCAUUCUGGGUUGCGCACAAACCGGAGAGAAGGAGCUGGUCGAGAAUGGGUUGGGUUGGGCGGCGGGGUUAAUUAGGAGGGCCAAGGAGAAGAUAGGUGACGAAUACGUAAGAAGAGUAGUGGAAUCGGUGUCUGGGUCGAGGGCGUGUCCUGACUCGGUGGGGGUGCUGAUAGUGUCACAAUGGUCAAGACUAGGACUGGAAAGAGUUGACUUGGGUAUGGGAAAACCCGUUCAUGUGGGCCCAGUUUGUAGUGAUAGGUAUUGUCUGUUCUUACCGGUUCACGAGCGGAGUGAUGCCGUGAAGGUGAUGGUGGCGCUACCUAAUAGCGCCGUUGACAAGUAUGAAUACUACCUGACCAGUCAGCACUCUUUCUGAUUAUUGGUUCCGUGCACAUUGACUUGUGCCGUCUUAUAUUUUGACUUUUCAACUAUUCGGAUUCCCACAUUUAA